AUGGUCAAAUCAAGUACACCCAUUUGGGUUCUCCUAUUUUCAUUCUUAUUUGGAUUCGAGAAGCCUCGAUUUUUACUUGUGGCGAUCAUUGGUUUGAUGGUAGCAGGCGUUGUAUUGACUGUGGAGGGUGAAACUAAGUUUGAUAUGCUGGGAUUUACACUUGUGUUUGUAGCCUCCAUUGUAUCUGGACUGCGAUGGAGUAUGACACAAUUGCUAUUGAAGCAUGAAAAUAUGGGGAUCGGAAAUCCCAUUGCAACUCUGUAUUACCUCAGCCCUGUCAUGUUUAUCACCAUGCUUACCUUGAGCUUGAUCUUUGAAAAUCCCUUGCACCAAUUUCAACAUUCGAAGCAUUUUGAUACCUUUUCUCAUAUCAUGGAAUCCUUUGGCUUAAUGUCCAUUGGUGGUUUUCUUGCUUUGGCCAUGACGCUGGCUGAGUUAUACCUGAUCAAGAGCACAAAUACAAUCACACUCAGUGUAGCGGGUAUUAGUAAGGAGAUUGUGAUUAUCAUUUUGGCUGUCUUGAUCUAUGGUGACGUCUUGACUACCAAAAAUCUAUUAGGUUUACUAGUGUCGAUCAUUGGUAUUAUUUCCUACAAUUAUUACAAGCUUUCAAAGGAGGACUCAAAUGAAAAGGGACAAUACCAAAUGAUUCCAUUACAUAAUUCCUCUGUUCCGUCGCGAAAUUUAGAUGAUUGA